GGUUCUAAAUCCUGAAAGAAGAGAGGGGUCAGCCAUGUCUGCAGUGUACAGAGUUGCCUCCUCUGUGAAGGUGAAGCAGAUGGAGGCAGAACUGUGGAAUCACCUAUGUGCACUCAAGGAGGAGACUGGGGGAGCGGGACCCUCCAACACUUACAGUUCUCUCCUAGCUCCCAAAGAGAUUUCCUGCUUUCGUGUGGAGAGGGAGCAUGCACUGAGGAGAGGGCUUCAGGUGGCUGAAGUUUUGCCUAUUCGGUCUCAGGCUGAUGUCAUGCAGCGAGAGCUGGAGAGCUGCUUGAGUUUGGAGUACACUCCUGACAGUCUGCCUCUUCUGCUGCACCAGUUCUUCACAGACAGAUCUUAUCACUUGGCUCAGAUCAAAUAUCUGCUUAUGUUGAGAUGGAGGAGAUUUUGCCGCCAUGCCAGCGUUAUUGAGAAGCUUUAUCCUCAUUACAAGGUAUCCUACGUGACCCAUGAGUAUCAGGAUGCCUUUCAGAGAGCUCGCAGACUGUCAGCAAGCAGAGAGAAGAUCCUGACCGGCCGAGGAAACCCCGCCAACCUGCUCACUCAGGAUGAUUUGGUCAUUUACCUGCAGUGGCUCGUCUGCCACCUGCACUCUGUUCAACCCAUUCACAACUUUCUCAGGGUGCUGCACUAUGUGCCCAUGUGUGAAAGAAAAGAUGAAACACAAGGAAAGGAUUAUGGGGAAAAUUUACGUGAGACACAACAGGCUGAGGGUCUUCCACUCCACACAGUUCACCUGGAGCAAUUUCUACCUGAGCUGCAGUCCCUGAUCUCCUACUUCCACCUGCCAUAUGACACCGGAAAACUGAAAACUCCUGCAGAUGAGAUGGAGCUAUUCAGCUUGGUGUGGAGGGAGUUCAGAACAAUCUUCCAACAACAAGAGCAGAUGAAAACAUUUCCUCCUUAUGAUGGUACGGAUGUCAGCGAGAGCCAGUGGGGGAGGAAGAGUGCAAAUGUAGCUCUGAGGAAGGAGGCUAACUGGAUUCCCUUCAUCCAGGUGAAACCCAGGCGAGAUCCGUGGCAGCAGAAACUUUUCACAAAGCUGAAGGAAAGGAAUUCAGUUGAUGAGCUGCUCAAGAUGCAGUGCAAGUUUGUUCAGUCCAUGUGUUGA